UUAGCGCGGUUCGAUUCGUUUCGGGCCAAACAUCCGCAAAAACGCCAACCCACAAUGGAGGUCCAGACGGCGCUGGUGCUGACGAUUCAGCUGAUAGCACUGUUUUCGAUAGCGGGAGCACUGCUGCUGUAUCUGCUAUGUAAGGUGCGUGGAACGCGCGAUGACCCAACCGGAACGCAGAAAGGAUCUAUUCUCGUCACCUGUGCGGAUACCGCCCUCGGGCUACAGAUUUGUACCUUCUUCGCCAGCAAAGGACACCGGGUGUUUGCGGGUAUGAAGGACCCGGUGGAGUCGCUUCCCGCCAAGCUGCUACGUGGGUGGAUGAAAAUGCGCGAAAACUCGGACACGCCAGUAAGCGGCUCAGUUGUGCCAAUGAAGAUCGACGUUACGCGAGAGGACGUGUUGCGUGAGGCGGCCGAAUCGAUGGGAGCUCACCUAAACGCGGGCGAACGAGGCAUUCUGGCUGUGGUCAACACCGCUGGCUCGGUGUACCGUGGUCGCAUUGACUCGCAGGACUCGCUGCAGUGGGAGAACAUGUUCAAGAACAACGUGAUGGGUUGCUUACGUACGGCACGGGCUUUCAUUGGGUUGCUGCGGCCGACCCGUGGUCGAUUGAUUUUGCUCGGCUCUGGCAAUGAUGACGAUGGGUUGACGGUGUUUAUGGCCACCCGAAAUGCCGUGCAAGGAUGUGCCGAUGCGUUACGCAAGGAGCUUAAACCGUACGGCGUCAGUGUUGUGACGUUGGACUCGCGAGGCGUUCCGGCGGAGGCUCUCUUCAAGGCUCCGGUUCCGUACACCAUCUCCGACGAGGAAGGCGUCCCUACGCAGUACAGCGCUGAUGUGCUCACCAGUUCCGCGCUUGGGGUGAUUGAGCGUGCCCUGUACGAUACUAGCCCCAGUGAGACCUACUGCCUGUCGGUGCCAAACAGCAAGUUCCAGAUGAGACUGCCCUGCCGGUCAUCGUUGAAGAUUUCCGCCAGCCGCGCGGACUCGAAACCCAUACAGAGUGUCUGAAUGCGCGGCCGCGGUCGUUUCUUUGCGCCCUCGGUAGCCGUAGGACGACAGAUUUCAGAACUUCUUUGUGCCUGUUUCCGUUUCCCCCGAGAUUGGUAGUGCCAGCGUGUCGUCUAUGCACUUAACCGCUGGUUGCUGUCGCCGUUUCACACUUGCAGUAGGUCUCCUGUAUAGCGGCACGGUGGGCGAUGAACUUGCUGGUUUGCUCACUGGUCGACUCGCGUCGUUGCCCCAGCUCCUGCUUCGAGAAGCGCGGACGAAUAUAAUUAUUCCCUUUUCCUGCUCCCUGUGUAAAGUUUGUUUAUUUUAAGCAAAUGAUAUGAUUGUUUUAGUGUUAAAUAAACUACCGAAAUAAAUGGUGUACUUUAUUUCGUU